AUGUUUCAUCACCCCCGGGAUCAUCAGGACACCUCGAUGGCGGACAUCAAGCGGCAGACGGAGGAGAAGAUCUCCGAGUUCCGGCGUACCGCCGAAGAGUCCGCCAAACGUCAAGCCGUAAUCGAGAUCCAGCGGGCGGUGGCAGCUGCCGAGGCGAGGACCCUGGAUAUGAUCGCCCAGGAGCGGCUGAAGAUGGAGAAAAUGUACGCGGACAUUCAUCGCACCGUACCGGAUGCCGAACCGGAGCCACCGAUCACGAGCGGAAGUCAAAAUGCAUGCUGGAACUGCGGACAGAAGGCGAACGAAACCUGCUCCGGGUGCAACCUGGCACGAUACUGUGGCUCCUUCUGUCAGCACAAGGACUGGGACCAACACCAUCAGGUUUGUGGAACUUCUCGCGCCGAGAACAGCUUCCAGAAGCACACCCAGAGCACCCGCACGUCCAUCGCGUCCCGGUCCACCACGCCCCAGCAGCAGAGCAACAGUACAUCGAACGGUACGGCGUCCGCCGCAAAAUGA